CUAUGGAGCGGCCGGCGCCCCUGGCCGUACUGCCCUUCUCCGACCCAGCGCACGCCCUGAGUCUGCUGCGUGGCUUAAGCCAGCUCCGCGCCGAGCGCAAGUUCCUGGACGUCACCCUGGAGGCGGCGGGCGGGCGCGACUUCCCGGCGCACCGGGCCGUGCUGGCAGCCGCCAGCCCCUACUUCCGCGCCAUGUUCGCCGGGCAGCUGCGCGAGAGCCGCGCCGAGCGUGUGCGGCUCCACGGCGUGCCGCCCGACAUGCUGCAGCUGCUGCUCGACUUCAGCUACACGGGCCGCGUGGCAGUGAGCGGCGACAACGCCGAGCCCCUGCUGCGCGCCGCCGACCUGCUGCAGUUCCCGGCCGUGAAGGAGGCGUGCGGCGCUUUCCUGCAGCAGCAACUUGACCUGGCCAACUGUCUGGACAUGCAGGACUUCGCCGAGGCCUUCAGCUGUUCGGGGUUGGCGAGCGCGGCGCAGCGCUUCAUCUUGCGCCACGUGGGCGAGCUGGGCGCCGAGCAGUUGGAGCGGCUGCCGCUUGCGCGCCUGCUGCGCUACCUGCGCGACGACGGGCUGUGCGUCCCCAAGGAGGAGGCCGCCUACCAGCUGGCGCUGCGCUGGGUGCGCGCCGACCCGCCGCGCCGCGCCGCGCACUGGCCGCAGCUGCUGGAGGCCGUGCGCCUGCCCUUCGUGCGCCGCUUCUACCUGCUGGCGCACGUCGAGGCCGAGCCCCUGGUGGCCCGCUGCCCGCCCUGCCUGCGCCUGCUGCGUGAGGCGCGCGACUUUCAGGCGGCUCGCUAUGACCGCCACGAUCGCGGGCCCUGCCCCCGCAUGCGCCCUCGCCCCUCCACCGGCCUCGCCGAGAUCCUCGUGCUCGUGGGCGGCUGCGACCAGGACUGCGACGAGCUGGUCACCGUUGACUGCUACAACCCACAGACCGGCCAGUGGCGCUACCUGGCCGAGUUCCCCGACCACCUGGGCGGGGGCUACAGCAUCGUGGCUCUGGGCAACGACAUCUACGUAACGGGCGGGUCUGAUGGCUCUCGGCUCUACGACUGUGUUUGGCGGUACAACUCGAGCGUGAACGAGUGGACGGAGGUGGCGCCCAUGCUGAAGGCCCGAGAGUACCACAGCUCCUCAGUGCUGGACGGGCUGCUCUACGUGGUGGCCUCGGACAGCACCGAGCGGUACGACCACACUGCGGACUCCUGGGAGGCCCUGCAGCCCAUGACCUACCCCAUGGACAACUGCUCCACCACCGCCUGUCGUGGCCGGCUCUACGCCAUCGGCUCCCUGGCAGGCAAGGAGACCAUGGUCAUUCAGUGCUACCACCCGGACACGGACUUGUGGUCCCUGGUAGACUGUGGCCAGCUCCCGCCCUGGUCCUUUGCCCCCAAGACUGUGACGCUGAAUGGACUCAUGUACUUCAUCAGGGACGACGCGGCCGAGGUGGACGUCUAUAACCCACUGAAGAAUGAGUGGGACAAGAUCCCUUCCAUGAAUCAGGUGCAUGUCGGGGGUAGUCUGGCCGUCUUGGGCGGGAAGCUCUACGUCUCUGGUGGCUACGACAACACAUUUGAACUCUCGGACGUGGUGGAGGCAUACGACCCAGAGACUCGGGCAUGGAGUGUGGUGGGGCGGCUCCCAGAGCCCACCUUCUGGCAUGGCAGCGUCAGCAUCUUCCGCCAGUUCAUGCCCCAGGUGCCCUCAGGCGGGCGCGGCUUUGAACUGGACACUGGCGGUCAGGAGGUGAACUUGGGUCGGCUGCAGCCACCACCGAACCUGGACGGGCUACACUAGCCCUGGCCUGGCCCAGGGAGGGCUUGGGACAGGUGACCCAGCCCCUCAAUGGGGAUGGGGGGAGGGGCACACAGUGACCUUCCUGGGUGCGUGAGGACAGGUUGGGCUCCCCAGGUGGAGUGUGGGCUCUUGGACCCCCCCCACCUGGAAUGUUGUAUGCAUUUGGAGCCUGGAGUCAUUGCUGCCGGAGCCGUCACCGUCACAGAAGCACGUCUCUGACCCCACCCGUGGGUCAGCAGCUCACCAAUGCAGCGCACACCCUCUCACCAUGGCCACUGGGGCCUACCUGCUCCUACCUCAGGAGGUGAGGCCACCUGUGGAGGGACAGGUAAGGAGUCCUCCUGUGAGGACCCAGGCCUGUCUUCCUGCAUCGUUUCUUCUGGGUCUGGAGCACCACUGACUGUCAGCCGACUGCCCAGUACCAGCCCUCCCACUGGGCCAGCUCCCCUUCCUCCCCUCCCCCAGCCCAGUGGAGGGGUCUGGCUGUCUAGUUCUUCACCCUGCUAGGCUCUCCCACCAAGUCCGUCUCCCAGGAGUCGGGCCUCCAGAGGAGGACACAGGAUGAUAGGGUCUUUCUGUGUCCAGAGCAUAUGGUCUGGCGGAGGCUGGCCUUCCUGGCCACCCCUAGCCGAACAAUAAGGGAGGUGAAUCCAAAGUCCCAACCGGCGCGCUUUGUGGGAGCCCAGCCCAGCAACAAGCCCUGGCAGCCUGGUGGGGAGCCCUCGGUGACUGACUGGCCCGGGGGUUACAGUGCCUGCAGGGCCGCCACCCUGAGAAAGCGGGGUGGGGCAGGAACAGGGCACAGGGAUGGGUUGGGUUGCUCUACAGUUCUGUCACGCGUGCCAUCGCCGAAGCUCUCUGUGGGGCUGGGGUGAUCGGCCUUCCCUCAGACACUCCGGACUAGGCCUGGAAGCUGAGGGCAGAGAAGCCACACUGAAAUGCUGGGCUCCUUGUGGGGUGAUGGGGUACCCUCAGGGUCCCUGAGGUAAGCUUCCUCGCUGCUUUGCAGGCGGCUCCACCUUAGUGGAAAGAAAGUGUUUAGUAAGUUGCCUUUUCUAAAUGGCCUGACUCCUGGGGCUGUGUUCUCACCUGGCUGGGGGUGACGUGUGGUCCCGGGAUAAGUUUUGUUGCCCGAGUCCCUCUUUGAGCUUCUGGUGGGGAUCACAGCAGGGCCACCUGCCUGCCUUCUGUAGGACAUUCAUGAGGAACCUGUGGCUCACGUGCCCGGAGUGGGAGGUCAGCCAGGGAGCCAUGGAAGCCCGCUCCCUGUGGCUGGAACAGCUACAACCUGACACCAAUUCUCCCCACAGGUCGUUCACUCUGGCAUGGCUGGGCCUCUGGUGAAGGUGUCCUCAGGGUCAGACCCCUCUGGACCUGGUUUUUGUUACCCAGGUCCGUCUGGGUUUGAAUGUUGGGGUCCCUCAACCCCUUGUCUCUCCUUGUUUGAGUCUAGUCCCUGGGUAGGCUGGAGGCUUGGCCCAAGGGGCUGCUGAGCCGAGGGGAGGAGACAACAUGGAUGUUUCCCGGCUCCUAUGCCUGCCCAGCGGUUGUCCGCACACUGAGGGGCUGGCUGCCGAUCUCCUUACGGAAAUACAGGACAGUGGGGCUGGGAUUAGGCUGCUUCCUGGCUCUGCCACCUGGAUUAAUUAGGCCUGAAUACACACCCAGAACAGUUCUUGCAACAGAGGAAGCCCCCUCCCUGUCCCUCUGGGCGAUUUAGGGGUAGGUGUUGAUAGUUGCUAGGCCAAGUUCAUUUCUGGGAAAUAUGGCUGGGGGCUUCCCCAAGGGAGCUGGGAUACUGGUCUCCAAUACUUGGAAGGGCCCUGCCCCCAUGUCCCUUGAGGCCUGCUUGUAUGCCAGAGGCUCCCUCAGUUGCUCGGGAAGGCAAGGGCCCAGCAGGGCGGCGGGAACUGCAGGCGUACAGAGCUGGGCCAGGCCGCUUCAGGGAGCGGCAUAAAGAAGAAGGGCUUUUGUGUUGGGGCAAAGCUCAAACCUGCCAUCAAGUCAAUUCCAGCUUAGUGACCCGAGAAGACGGAGGAGGAGGACUGCUCCCUGCAGUUUGCAAAGACGCCAGUCUUUACGGGAGCACUAGACGUGGGUUCACGCUGCCAACUCCUCAGGUAGUAGCUCACGUUCAAUCCACUGUGCCACGAGGGCUUUCUUGGACAGAAACGCUUCUUAAUUCCAUCUGCCCUGGAAAAAACCUGCCUUCAAACGUACAUUCAAACUCCAAAAUCUGAGCCGAGGCCCGUGAUUCCCCCAAGAGUGAGGUGGCAUCUGGAGGGCUUCGGGAAGCUUCCUGGUCAGGGCUGGGCUGCAGAGCGACCUGUGGGCCUGUAUUUCUGCUGACCGACCACCAUGUUGCACAUUGGGGAGGCCAGGCGGAGCUGUCUGCUAGAACUGCCCAUGCCCUUAUCACCAGGCCCGUCCUUCAGUAGCCUGUUCCCAUACCCCCAACUGCCUGACACCCCACCCCUGCCCUCAUCCUGGGUUGCAGGCUACAAAGCUCCCACCCCUUACAGGAUGUCUGAGCAGAUACCAGGCUGGCUGGGUACGUGGCCAUCUCCUUGUGUACAGAACUUCACCUUCUACAAGUUAGAUUAUGGAGGUCAGUGACUGGUAUUUAAAGGCAGUCUAAAGUGUUCUAUAUACUUAUAUGGUUUGCGAUUAUUAGGCCGUGAAGGGCACCUGCCCACCAGUGCCCACAUAGAAUUCCAUCCGAGGACAGGGCAGACUUGGUGUAUUUAUAUUUUGUUCUGUAGGCUUACAUGUCCAGAAACCUGUGUAUGGUUGUAGGAUGCUUUCAGACUUUUGAAAUAAAAUGAUUUACUAUGUA